AUGGGCACAGCCCGCAGGGGAGCGAAAGGACGCAGCGAGAGCGGGCAGGGAGCAGGGUACCCCCAGGCUGCGGGGUGCUGCUGGAGGAGCAGCCGGGUACCAGUCAACGAUGCUUCUCCUCUUCUUCCUCCUGGCCUGGUGUCUCACACAGCCCCGAAGCCGAAGCGACAGCGCCUGGAAGCUGUUAAGAAGCUCAGCUUUGGGGCGGAUGAUGAGUUGGCUCCUGAUGGCCUCUGGGAUGCUGGCCCAGAGGCACCUUCUGCUCCCCAGACUGCCAGGAACUUGGAGUUCUCCAGCUCAGACCACCUGGAGAUGAGCGGCAUGGUACCUCUGCAGACCACGCCGCCCUCCGAGAAGAAGCGGGUCCUCAAGCGGCCACCCAUCCUGGAGGACUACAUCAACGUGACAUCCACCGAGGGCACCAGGGUCUUCAUGGUCGUGAGGGAUGAUCCCUCCAGGACAGGAGUGGAGCUCCCAGAUUCCCUGGGCUGGAAUGCACGCAGGCCGCUCCACUUGCUGGGAGUGCCUUUCUCCUACUUGAAGGAACAAGUGGAUGAAGAGCGUCGGAGGCACGUUCUGGAGGCGUCGCAGCAGCUGACGGAGAUAAUAAACAGUUGCCUCGAGAGUGAGACCAGUGCCGAGAGCCCGGAGCCUCGUGGGGAAGCGGAGCCGGCAGAUGAGGAGGAGUCUGCACUGCACUGCCUCUGGGUGGACAAGUUCACUCCGCGGCGCUACAUGGAGCUGCUCAGUGAUGAUUACACAAACCGCUGCCUUCUGAAAUGGCUCAAGCUGUGGGACACUGUGGUGUUCGGGAAGGAGAAGACUGCGAAGAAGGCCAAGCCCAGCACCGAGGCUCAUCCUCCAUUCAACCAGCCCAAGGAGCAGCAGAAUAAGUGGAAAACGAAGGUGCAGCUCACAGAGGAGAUUCUGGAGGCUGAGCUGGACCAGCACAGGAGACCCAAAUACAAGGUAGCCCUGCUCUGUGGCCCGCCGGGCUUGGGAAAGACCACGCUGGCCCACGUCAUUGCCAAACACGCAGGGUACAACGCCGUCGAGAUGAACGCCAGUGACGACCGCAGCCCCGAGGUUUUCAAAACCCGCAUUGAAGCUGCCACUCAGAUGAAGUCGGUGCUGGGCGCCAACGAGAAGCCCAACUGCCUGAUCAUCGAUGAGAUAGACGGCGCGCCCGCGGCAUCUAUCAACGUGCUGCUAAACAUCAUUCACCGUAAGGAUGCGGAGGGCGAGGGAACAGCCGGCACAGGCCGGAGGAGGCGACGUGAGGGCGGACUGCUGCUCAGGCCCAUCAUCUGCAUCUGCAACGACCAGUACGUCCCUGCCCUCCGGCCGCUGCGGCAGCAAUCGUUCCUGCUAAACUUCCCUCAGACGGCUCCAUCCCGGCUCGCCCAGCGGCUCUGCGAGAUCGCCCUGCGGCAGGGCAUGCGGGCGGACACGGGCGCGCUGCUGGCGCUGUGCGAGAAGACGGAGAACGACAUCCGCUCCUGCAUAAACACCCUGCAGUUCUUACACGGCCGAGGCCAGAAGGAGCUGAGUGUGCAGAUGGUGCAGACGAUGAAGAUUGGCUUGAAGGACCAAAACAAGGGGCUCUUCUCCAUCUGGCAAGAGAUCUUCCAGCUCCCAAAGGUCCAAAGGCACCGGUUAGGAAUGGACCCCGCUUUGCCAGCCCAGCUCCUGGUGGGCGAUGAGGACCUGUCGCACCUCGGGGGGACGGCUGGCUUCAAUGUGUCCUCCCACCGCUUCCACCACAUUCUGCACCUCGCCAUCUCCUCGGGGGAGCAGGAGAAGCUCACCCAGGGGCUGUACGACAAUUUCCUGAACAUGAAGCUGCGGGACUCCAGUUUCAGCUCGGUGUGCUUGGCCCUGGAGUGGCUGGGCUUUUCCGACCUGCUGAGCCGGGCUGUCCUGCGUGGGCAGAGCUUCCAGCUGAUGCGAUACCUGCCCUUCCUGCCCGUGGCCUUCCACCUGCUCUUCGCAGCCACC